UUCAAAUCUAUGAGCGAGAAGGUCUGAGUGGCGUACUGAUCGUGGACCGUGGGGCGGCAUCAACUUUAGAGCAAGGCAUUUCUGUUACCUCGGUAAACCUUGAGGGGGCUUUUAGCAUUUGUUCAGUCUGCAGCCUCUGGAAAACAUCUGAUUCGUUUUAUAACCAGACCCAGAUGCGGUAGUGCAUGUGUGCGAGAGAGUGUGUAUGCCCGCAUUUGUGUUUGUCAGCCUACACGAGAAUUUGAGGAGAAUAUCUGAGUCGAGCUACAAGGGAAAGGGACAACCGUUUGGAUUUUGAGAUUCUAACCGUUUUUAGGAAUGAACGCAGAUACGUGCGUAUCAUAUUGCGAUAUGACAUCCAUGGAUUCAUAUUAUAACUCAUCUACUGCCCAAGGUAGAGAUCAUCAGGCGAACCCGUUUAGGACAUUCCAAACGAGUGAAACAAAAUACAGCCCGACAUUCAUACCGGGCAAAGGACAUAGUUACGGUGAGAAGUCUCGUAGUCCUUUUGAACAGGAGUGCCAGUCAUUGGAUGGCGCUGCUGAGGAGAGCACCUUCAACAAAUACCACCUCUUCAUGCAGCGACCUUCAAGCAAAACUCCCCCCGAAGGCAACAAACUACACCAAGAAAGCGGACACAACGGAGCGCUCAUCCCUUGCUAUGCCAAAGACAACAGUGGGCUGACCGAGUCCGAUUUGACCCCCAACGCCGAUGGUCCAGGGAUGGACGGCAGCUACCUGAACCUGAAGGAGCCGGGUGUGAAGGGGCCGUCUGACCGUCCGGGCUCCGACCUCUCCAGCCCGCUGGAUAAGAGCGAGGCGGAGAGCAACAAAGGCAAGAAGCGACGGAACCGCACCACCUUCACGUCCUACCAGCUGGAGGAGCUGGAGAAGGUGUUCCAGAAGACGCACUACCCUGACGUGUACGCCCGCGAGCAGCUGGCCCUCCGGACGGAUCUGACCGAGGCCCGCGUUCAGGUGUGGUUCCAGAACCGCCGAGCCAAGUGGAGGAAGAGGGAGCGCUUUGGGCAGAUGCAGCAGGUCCGGACGCACUUCUCCACGGCCUACGAGCUCCCCCUCCUCACCCGCCCAGAGAACUACGCUCAGGUACAGAUGAGGGAUCAGAACUAUGACUGGAUCCAGAACCCGUCAUGGAUUGGAGGCGGCAGCGGGGCGUCGCCCGUGCCAGGCUGUGUGGUGCCCUGCGACUCCGUCGCCUCCUGCAUGCCCCCUCACCCCCACGCCACCGGAGGGGUCUCCGACUUCCUGGGCGUGCCCAGCCCUGGGGGAAGUCACAUGGGACAGACGCACAUGGGCAGCCUGUUCGGGGGUCCUGGCAUGGGCGGCGGCAUCAACGGGUACGACCUCAACGUGGACCCCGACCGCAAGUCGUCCAGCAUCGCCGCACUGCGUAUGAAGGCUAAGGAACACAGUGCGGCUAUUUCCUGGGCCACAUGAUGCCCCGCCCCAGGCCCCGCCCCCCUGACCUGGGCCCCGCCCCUCCCCCGGAGCAGCCCUGCCCAGCACUGCAGUGGAGGAGGAGGAGGAGGAGAAGGAAGGGGAUGGGAUUAUGUCUGGUCUGACAGCUCUCAUGAUAACACAGGUCAAAUGAACUGGGAGACACAGUGAUAACGGCAGCCAUUACAGCCAAGAUAACAUCCGUGACUAUGACAAUCAGCAGACACCAAGAAGAAGAGAGACUGAGAGAGGGGAGUGGGAGAAGAAGAAGGAGGAGGGGCUCGGCAGGGGGAAGUGGUGUUACGCCUCGAUCUCAAGGAGGAAUGUGGUGAAAUAGGUGAGGAAGAAUGGAGAAACCAGCUCGGGGAAAUAACACAGCUCGACUGUUCUGGAUGGGCAACUGUUAAGCUAAUAGUCAGGAAAGUUUUUGAAAAAGUUAUUUUAAGUUAAAUGCAAUAAUCAUGUUGAAGUCACCAGCCAUAAAAGCAUCCUUGCAGGAACUAUACAUUUCCUAUUUCACAACAUCCAUAAAUGUACAUACUGAAACAACUUCUAAUCCCCUCUUCUGAUCUCCAUGCCCUACAAUUUCUGUAAUAGUUCCACUGAGACAAAGCCACUUCAAACAGUCCACCUGAGAACACAAAUGUCCAUUUGAAUCAGUCCAAGCCUUCCUAACAACGCUUUCGUAUCAUUGCACAGAAACCAAUUGUUUUGGAGACACAGUAAGAAGGAAACAUCCGUUUUUAAGUUCAAACAUAAACAUCCAAGUAAUUCUGGACUGAGGACUGAGCUGUUCUGCAAAGCUGUCAUCCCCUCACAGUUCCAGAAAGCACUAGACCAAAGGUGCGAGAGAGCCCGCGCUGUCUGACAGUUCAACGGCUCGUGCCAAAUUAGAUGUGGAGGAAGCCAGGUUCAGACGCGGUGGGAUUGGCAGUCACUUGAAGUGAACGUGUCAUUUCCUCCCCCAGGGCCGCCUCCACAGGUCUCCAUCCCCUGGCAGGGUUCGGGUUACAGGAAGUCCCGCCUCCACUGGUCGCCAGGCUGGACUAACACACAGCAGCAGCCGUCAACACUAACUACUCAGGCCAGCCUCAAUCAGCCUCCAACAGGGAGAGAGAGACACUUUCAAUUAGCCUCAAACCAAGCUGUGCUGGUCAGGGCAAAGCACAGGCACUCAAAUUCAGCAUGGCCAACAUGGUGGGAACAAACUAAGGCUAAUUCCACAUACUGACCUAAUCAUGGCAUCUUCAGAGUGUGGUGGUGGUGGGGGGGGGGGGGGAGAGAUCAGAACAGAUGACACUGAAUCCUUAGUAUUGUCACGCUAGUAGAGUUUGUCACACGCCAGGCGCUAGCAGGCAAAGCAGCUAUAGGAUUAGGAGACCUAAUUAGGCCUGGGCAGCAUUCUUUAGGGUCUAGGUAAUGUGAUGACAUAGAGCAGACUUGCAGACAUGUGGGGAGUAUGGCCCCGUGGUUGUGUUGCCCUGCCUGAUCAGGCCUGUCAAUAAGAGCUGGGGCCAACAGACUGAAGGGCUCCAGCAAGGCCUCAUCAGGCUCGUCGCUGAUCCCUGAGUGUGCGACACCCGCUGGGCCACAUAUCCCCUCACACUGCCCUUCCUUUCAGUGGAGGAUUGGACGUCCUGGCUCUCUCCCUCGUCCUCUUCUCUGAGUUCUGUCUCAGCUCUGACAUCACAGGAGGACACACGAUGACAGUUUCAACAAAUCUAAUAACGAAUGUUAUUUUCUAGUUUUAUUUUGGACUAAUUUAUUUUGGAAGUGUCGACGUGAUCCUGAGAUUAGAAUGAACGAGAACAUUCCGAUCUGACCGAGAAAGCUCUUUUCCCUGGAUAUUCCUGUUGAAAACUCACAGCUCAAACGAGGUGAAAAAGCACUGAUUUAAGCCACAGGAAUCUCUGUUAAAUGAAUCAAGUGUCUCUCAGUGCUUUGACAGUAAACAUGGCCUGACGAUGUGUGAUUUUUAAUGAUAUCUUAGCAUUUCUGUCUUCCCCAACCCCUUAAAAAGCUCCACUCACACUGAAAGUAUUUUGGCAGCAGUAGAACACAGUAGAACUGACCGAAGCCCAAUAUGUAUCCUCAUUGCCAUGUCUGUAGUUUAGUUCAUUAGUUGUUUUAAAACGUUUGUAUGAAGUCAUUUACAUUUAGUCAUUUAGC